GAAGAAGAACCAGCGGGACAGGAGAGUUGGAGAGGGGGGGGAGAGGCGAGGACAACCAUGACGGUGAAAUCGAAGAAGAAAAAGGAAGAGUGCAAAAAAUUGGUUUUAAUAAAAGUCACAAGUUGUCAUGCGUACUUGGUAUGACAGGAGGGAAGUGCCCUCACAACAGUGCUGCAUUGUGGCUGCGUGUCUCCCCCUCUCCUCUCUCUCUCUGUCCGCGCUGCAAAGCUGCUGUUUGCGCAUUGAAGUGUAACUAAAAAAAAGUUGGUAAAGUCAGCGGCGCAACUUUGUUCAAAUGGAUUCAUCCGAGCCGUGACUUGGAUGAGAGUCUGCCUUCGGUCUGUAUUGCAAAUGAGUCAGCACAACAUGCGCAGCGGCAUUAAAUGUAAAAUGUACUGAUAGGUCGAGAGAAAAGAAAAGAAAAGAAAAACGCCAUGGCAGACAGAAGGACUUUCAACGUUGUGAUUUUGGGUUUGGGAUUUUUGUUCAUUUUCACCGCGUUCACCACCUGCGGGAACGUUGAACAAACUGUGGUGAAAAGUCUGGAGAAUGACACUUUCAGUGGGAGUGGGUACCACAGUCUUGGAAUCAUCUAUGGGGUCUUUUCCUUCUCCAAUUUACUUGCACCAACAGUCGUUGCAGUAAUUGGACCGAAACUGACUAUGUUUCUGAGUGGCCUACUUUACAGUGGCUACAUCGCUGUGUUCAUCAUCCCUUCAACAUGGGCCUUUUACUUGACCUCUGUACUGAUCGGCAUCGGUGCAGCCAUGCUGUGGACAGCUCAAGGACACUUUCUGGUGGAAAACUCUGACGCCUCCACCAUCAACAGGAACACGGGGAUGUUCUGGGCCCUCCUACAGUGCAGCAUGUUCUUUGGCAAUCUGUUCAUUUAUUUUGACUGGAAUGGAAGAACAGAGAUAUCAGACAACAGCAGGAAAAACAUUUUUCUAUCCUUGUUGGUCGCCUCUGUGCUCGGUACACUCAGCUUCCUGGUGCUGAGAAACAGCCAUCAUGAAGAGGAGAUGCUGUCUGAAGAGGAAGGGCAGUCGCUGCUCACAACUCGGAUGAUGUAUAAGCACCGAGCAAACACUGCCAUGCAGGAUGCCAAGUCAGAAUUCAAAACUAUCCUGCAACUUCUGAAGGCUAAAACUAUAGUUCUCCUGAGUCCCUGCAUGGCAUACAGUGGCCUGGAGCUAUCGUUCUACAGUGGAGUGUACGGGACGUGUAUUGGAGCAACUUCGCAGUUUGGAGGAGCAGCUAAAGGCUUGAUUGGGAUUUCUGGGAUUGUGGUAGGCGUUGGAGAAAUUGUUGGUGGGGGCUUGUUUGGAUUGUUGUGUAAGAACAAUCGCUUCAGACGGACGUCUGUGGUAUUUCUGGGAAUGGUUGUCCAUUUUGUCGCCUUCUAUUUGAUAUUCCUCAACAUCCCAGAUGAUGCCCCCGUCGUGUUUAAUACCAACACCCAAGAGAAGCCAUAUCUAACGCCAAGUGUAUCCAUUGCCCUGCUGUGCAGCUUCUUGCUCGGACUCGGGGACAGUUGUUUCAACACACAGCUCUACAGCAUAUUAGGCCGUGUUUAUGCUGAACAAAGCACGCCUGCUUUUGCCAUCUUUAAAUUCAUCCAGUCUAUUUUUGCAGCAGUGGCGUUCUUCUACAGCGGAUACCUCGUGUUGAUGUGGCAGCUCCUGCUGAUGAUCAUCCUGGGCUUCACUGGAACGCUGUGCUUCUUUGUGGUGGAGAGGAUGCAGAACUUCUCUGUAGAUUUGCAGGAAUAUUAGAAAGAAGACAUUUCUGCAUCAGCAUUGAUUGUUUUGUUCGACAGAAACCUGGUGGAGGGGGAAGUGAGGCCACCAGGAAAACAAUCCUGUGUCUUUUAUUUCAUGAGAGGUUAUUUUUAAAUCUCUUUUUUAGUAUAAUGCACUGAAGGUCAUAUACAUUUGCAUAACAUUAACAUUCAAAGUUGUUGUCACAAAUAAAACCAAGCUGCCUUAACAAAACCUUUUAAUAGUAUAACAUGGUUAAAACUCAGCCUAGACUCUACCUUGCACACUUUCUGUUUAGAUUGCUGGACACUACACGGCAUCCUCGUUGAUCAUUAACAUUAUUUUACUGCUGCACCUUUGGUCACUCCGUAGGAUUUUAAAAAUAACCACUCACGUUAUCUCGUACUUCUCUGCAUUGCCUGCAGCUCAGGUCUGUUUAUUAAAGACAAAUGUCAUGUUGAAAAUAUUUUAUGUACCUUAAACUAUUACUUUAUAACAUUUAAAGCUGUUUAUAGUUUGUGAGAAUGUUUGACAGGUUGACAAAAUUAGAUGAGAGAAAAUAAUGCUGUAUUAUUCCUGUCAUAUUUCAUAAACAUUUUGACUAAUUAAUGCCUGACAAUCAUUGUUCAUUGUUCUUCUUUUUUGUAAAUUUUGCAUGUCAUCAUUGUUUUGCCAAGUUUAUGAAUCUUUGAUAAUAAAGUUUUAUGCAUUUUGCAUUUACUGUGAUUUAAAUGAUGGUGGGCAAAAGUAUUUACUGUUAUUUGGCAUUUUGUAAUAAACACAGUUCAGAUGGUGUAAAUGUAAAAUACAGCCACUGAAAACAACUGACACAAAAGGUUUGAUCUCUAGACAAUUUAGAAGAAUAUUUACUGAGGUCAUGCUUAUUGAUUAAGUUGCUUACAAUCUGUAAAUCAGACAAGGAUCUUAUU